UGGGCAGGUCAGGAACACUUUGGGGCUGCAUUGCUGCCUUGACUUGGGGCCAUAUUAUCAACUAAGUCUUUUAAUAGGGUUUAAGGGUCUUAAGAAAAGUAGAGAGUGGGGAAGGAAAGAAAAGCCACAACAAUGGUCUAUUGGUCUUUCUCAGAACACAGAUCCCUAUGGAAUGCAGGAGGGUGCUGGUGAUCUAGCAUUUGCUUGGUGGAGCUCAUUCUUUUUGCUUAGUUUAAAGGGACCGCCGAUGUUCUACUCAGGUGCUUUUCAAAGAGAAUAUGCAUUGGAGAUCAAACGUGUCCUCCAUCGGCGUUUCUUUGAGAGAAGACAAGAGGGCCUAGUCUUCCAAAUCUUUGAGUUUCUUUGCAUUAGAUCCUAGUAGAGAGCAGUCUGAAAGAGGAAGAUGAAGUCAAUGAACAACAACAACAACAACAACAACAACGGCUGGUUGGGCUUCUCUCUCUCCCCUCAAAUGAACAUGGAAGUGUCCUCAGAACCACAUCACCCAACAAAUAAUCAGAGUCAUCAUCACCAAGCGCAGCCCACCCAUGCAGCUGUCUCCUCUGCAGUCCCAUGCAGCUUCUUUCUAUCUCCACCACAGCUUAGCAGCUCGGGUCUCUGCUAUGGAGUUGAAGGGGAGAACGGGGGGCUCUAUUCUCAGUUGUCUGUCAUGCCACUGAAGUCUGAUGGGUCUCUUUGCAUCAUGGAAGCCCUCAGCAGAUCACAGCAGCAAGGAAUGGUGCCAUCUCCAUCCCCAAAACUGGAAGAUUUCUUAGGUGGUGGUCCUAACUUGGGGUCCCAUCAUCACUAUGGGAACAAUGAAAGGGGAGCAAUGGCCUUAAGCUUGGACAGCAUAUACUACCACCAAAACUCGCAGCCUGAGGGCAAUAGAAGCCAUCCUCUAGACCUCCUCCAAGUGCAACAGCACCAGCAGCAACAUCCAUACUUCCAGCCACUACAAGAAGGCUUGUGCUCUGGGCUAACAGGCCAUGAGAUUUAUCAGGGUCCAUUGGAGGAAGAACCGAUGGCUGAUGAUGGGAUCCCAAGCUUGAAAAACUGGGUAGCCGGGCACUACGGUGCUUGCAGCAAUGGAUUGGGUGAGGAAGGGGGCAUAGGGUCUAGUUCUGUCGGUACAAUGGGGUAUGGUGACUUGCAGUCCUUAAGCUUGUCCAUGAGCCCUGGGUCUCAGUCCAGUUGUGUCACAGCUCCACAGCAGAUAUCUCCGGCUGCUCCAACUGAAUGUAUGGCCUUAGAUACACCCAAGAAGAGAGGGACUGGGAAAGGGGGCCCGAAGCAGCCAGUUCAUAGGAAGUCUAUUGAUACAUUUGGCCAGAGAACAUCUCAGUAUAGAGGUGUUACCAGGCAUAGAUGGACUGGGAGAUAUGAAGCCCAUCUCUGGGACAACAGUUGCAAGAAGGAAGGCCAGACAAGGAAGGGAAGGCAAGUUUAUCUGGGGGGUUAUGACAUGGAAGAGAAGGCUGCAAGAGCUUAUGACUUGGCUGCUCUGAAGUACUGGGGACCAUCGACACAUAUCAACUUCCCGUUGGAAAAUUACCAAGAAGAGCUUGAAGAAAUGAAAAACAUGAGCAGGCAAGAAUAUGUUGCCCAUUUGAGAAGAAAAAGCAGUGGGUUUUCAAGGGGAGCUUCUAUGUACCGAGGAGUGACAAGGCAUCACCAACAUGGACGAUGGCAAGCCCGAAUCGGGAGGGUUGCUGGGAACAAAGAUCUUUACCUUGGAACCUUCAGCACUCAAGAGGAAGCGGCAGAAGCCUAUGAUAUUGCUGCAAUUAAAUUCCGUGGGGUGAAUGCUGUUACAAACUUUGACAUAACAAGAUACGACGUGGAAAAGAUUAUGGCAAGUCCUACACUGCUAUCAGGAGAGCUAGCCAGGAGAACCAAAGCAAUAGAAGCAGGCAACGAUGCCUCCUCAAUACAAAACAGCAGCAGAGAGCUGGAUCUAACUGAAGAGAACAAUAGCAGUGCUUCUGAUUGGAAGAUGGUCCUCUACCAGUCCCCUCAGCAAACACCACAGUCCUCUGAAUCCCUCAAUCACAAAUCUGUGACAGGUGCAGGUGAUCACCGGAGCUCUGCAACUCUCUCAGCGGCUCUGCAUGGCAUCGUUGGUGUAGAGACGGUGGGUUCGGUCAAAGGGGUUGAGGAUUCUGGCAAGAUAGGGAAUAACCACAUAUCAAAUCCAUCCUCACUGGUGACCAGCCUGAGUAGCUCCAGAGAAGGGAGCCCGGACCGGAACGGUCUCUCGAUGCUCUACACCAAGCCAUCACCCAACUUCAUUAAUCCCACCCCAAUGAGUUCUUGGAUUCCAUCAACCCAGAUCAGAACAACAAUUUCCAUGGCUCAAAUGCCGGUGUUUGCUGCAUGGCAUGACGUUUAAGCUUCUGUUAUGAUGGUAAAGCCAUGUAAAUUUGAUGAAGCAAAACAGGGAACACGAGAGAGAAGAAAGCAAGUUGCAUUGGAGAAAGAGGAGAGAGGAGUCUUGUUUUACUUUUACCUUUUUUUUUUUCUUUUUCUUUUUUCCUCAGCAGUUUAUGGAUGAGAUUGGUGAUUCACGAGGUCCAAUGGUGGGAGCAGGCUGUAUCCAUUGUCAGUAGAUUAGAUUUCUUUUUGAACUCCUUUGGGGCCGUUUGGGAGGAGAAUUUUGCAAAGGUGUAGGCCUGAGGGUUUAAGGACAAUGAUUUCAUUGCAUGAAAUGAUGUUUAGUUAGUUCACUUUUGGUCUUGCCAAGUACAUUAUAGAAUACAGCUCAUUGUAUCACAGCAAUGCUGCGUGAUCUUUUGACCA